AUAAAGCACAUGGAGCCAAGGAACAACACACGCCUUUUAGAAUUUGUUCUAUUGGGGUUUUCACAGGACCCAGACCUGCAGCCUGUUUUAUGUGGCCUUUUCCUCUCCAUGUACUUGAUCACUGUAGUUGGAAACUUGCUCAUCAUUCUGGCCAUCAUCUUGGAUGCCAACCUGCACACGCCCAUGUACUUCUUUCUCUCUAACCUGUCAUUUGUGGACAUUUGUCUUACCUCCACUAUUGUCCCAAAGAUGCUGGUGAAUAUUCAGACUAAGAGAAAAACCAUUACCUAUGCAGAUUGCAUCACCCAGAUGUACUUUUUUCUGCUUUUUGUGGAAUUGGACAGCUUCCUCCUGGCUGUGAUGGCCUAUGACCGCUAUGUAGCCAUCUGUCAUCCCCUGCAUUACACUAGCAUCAUGAACCGCAGACUCUGUGGGUUUCUGGUUCUGGUAUCUUGGAUUGUGAGUGUCCUUCAUGCCUUGCUACAAAGUAUGAUGGUGUUGCGGCUGUCCUUCUGCAAAGACUUGGAAAUCCCACACUUCUUCUGUGAAUUAAACCAGCUGGCCCAGCUCGCUUGUUCUGACACCUUUCUUAAUGACGUGGUCAUGUAUUUUGCUCUUGUGCUAUUGGCUACUGUUGCUCUCUCUGGCAUCCUCUACUCUUACUCCAAGAUAGUGUCCUCCAUACGUGCGAUCUCCACGGCUCGGGGGAAGUACAAAGCCUUUUCCACCUGUGCAUCUCAUCUCUGCCUUGUCCUCUUAUUUUACUGCACAGGCCUAAGCGUGUACCUCAGUUCUGCUGCAAGCCACAGCUCACAAGCAAGUGCAACAGCUUCAGUGAUGUAUACAGUGAUCACCCCCAUGCUGAACCCCUUCAUCUACAGUCUGAGGAAUCAAGAUGUAAAAAGAGCCCUGAAGAGAAUCUUGGUGGGGAAACUGUGA